AUGUCUGCGCCUGCUGAGAAUCCCCACCCCACCCCCCUGACUGAAUCAGAGGUCUUGAUCCGCGACUUCCUGGCUGCAAACCCCGCGCUUGACGCUGAGCUGGGCCCCAUUGAGGUUAUGACCGACCGUUACACAAAUGAAGAAUGGGCCGCGCAGAUCGCGGAAACCCAGAAGGCGGUGCUGAAAGAGGUGGAGAGUGGAGAGAGGGCGCAAAAAGUGUAUGAAGGACCGAGCAUGAGGAACGGGAACGAGGCCCUGAAAGAAUUGGCGAAGACGGUUGACCACACAGUCUUGAAGCUGGAGGCGACAAGCGCUCAGAUCGACACCUUGUGCAGUGAAGCCAGGACAGAAGAUUUCAAGUCCGUCUGCGUCCGAAUGAACUGGGUACAGCGCUGUUUCUCCAAUCUGAAGGGGUCGUCGGUGGUCGUAGCAGCCGUCGUUGGUUUCCACGAGGGCACUCAAGACACAUACUCCAAACUGCGCGAAGCUCGCGCCUGCGUGGCCGCCGGCGCCUCCGAACUGGAUCUCGUACUCAACCACUCCCUCCUAACCAAGCACAACAAGCCCAGAACCCCGCGAGUCAUCCGCAGCCACGAUUCGGCAAUCGACAGCAUCACCGCCGCCAACACCACUGCGAACUCUAGAUCUGCCAGCGGAGAGGAGGAUAUCCCAGACUACAGCGCCAUUUACCGCGAACUCGCAUCGAUACGAUCCCUCUGCCCUUCACCCGUCGUCAUCAAGCUCAUCCUUGAAACCUCGCAACUCACCCCCAAGCAAAUUCUCGCAGCCUCGCACCUCGCGGCCGCCGCAAAUCUAGACUUCAUCAAGACCUCCACUGGCUUCAACGGGCCCGGCGCAUCGCUGCCUAAUGUGCAGCUCAUGGUCGGCGCAUCAGAGUAUUUGCACAAGACUGGCGUCAGCGAGAGGCAUAUGCAGGUCAAGGCAUCAGGUGGUGUCAGGAGUCUGGAGACAGCGAUCGAGAUGCUGGAGGCUGGUGCAACGAGGCUGGGAACUAGCAGUGGGCUGUGGAUUAUGCAGCAGGCGAGGGAGAAGGUUGAGCAGGCGAAGAGUGGGAAGGUGGAAGAUAGGCCGGGGGCGACGAGGUUGUAUACUGAUGAUUCUGUUGCUGGAGGGUACUAA